AUGGGCAAGAAGCAGGGCGGCGUGAACACCAAGGUGGAGGCGGCCAAGGCCAAGAAGGCCGUGGCCAAGGCGUCCAAGGACGCGGCGAAGGCUGCAGCUGACGCCGCCGCCGAGUCGGCCGAGUGGGUCAAGGGCGCGGACGCGCGCGGCGCCGCCCGCCGCCAGGAGGAGGAGCGCAAGCGCGCCGAGAAGGAGGCGCAGAAGGCCGAGAAGCAGAAGCUGCUGGCGCUGGAGGAGCACGCGCUGGACGAGAACAAGCGCGAGAUCCGCAAGCAGAAGAAGGCGGUCAAGGACGUGGCCAAGCCCUGGGAGGAGGCGCUCAAGUCCGCGGCCAAGAAGAGCAACCGCGGCUCCAGGAAGCCGUCGCCCGGCAGCGGCAAGCUCACGCAGGCCGAGAUGGCGGCGCUGAGAGAGGCCGAGGAGGCCCGCGCGGCCGCCAAGCCCGGCCGCAAGGCCAUCAAGUUCGACAACAACUUCACGGCCAACAGGAACCGGAACCAGGACGAGGACGGCGAGGCGCGCAGUCUGGACGCGGCGCUGGACCUGCUCAGCGUGGGCGACGAGGAGCUGGAGAAGCACCCGGAGCGCAGGGCCAAGGCCGCGUACAAGGCCUUCGAGGAGGUCAUGAUGCCGCAGGUCAAGGAGGACUACCCGGGCCUCAAGCUCUCGCAGUACAAGCAGAAGCUCAGUGAGAUGGUACGACGCGAUCUCUGGUGGCCAUGUGUGCUGCUGGAAAGGUUGGGUGCUGAUUGGUUUUUAAUUUUUGUUGUGGUUUUUUUAGUGGCGCCGCUCGCCGGACAACCCGCUGAACCAGGAGAGUCUGGCGUACAACGCCAAGAAGCAGUAGAGUGUGGUGCCUGA